GAUAGAAGAAUAGCGCAGCACAUAGGCAGUUUAGGCCAUAUCACAUUUCCUGGAGAACUGAACAAGCCAAUCCGUAAAGAUGGUUUUCAUUUUGGGCGUGAACUUCCCCGAGCGAAACCUCGUCAAGAAAUCGCUCGAGUCCUUCUUCGGCAUCGGUAACUUGACCUCGACCCGUCUCCUUGCCCGCUUCCAUAUCCACCCAACAUGCAAGGUUGGCGACUUGGCGAACAAGCAGGUCCUCGACAUCACGGCCGCCUUGUCCGACAUGAAGAUUGAGAACGAUCUCCGCAGACAGUACCUCGAUAACAUCAAGCGUUUGAAGGAGACGGGAACCUACCGUGGUCGGCGUCAUGCGCUCGGCUUGCCCGUUCGGGGACAGCGGACGAGGAGCCAGAUCAAAACUGCUGUCAAGCUCAACCGUAUGGAGAGAAGACUGUGAGGUUAACAUGAUUGAUUCUAUUAUUGACCCCAGUGGUCCUGCGGCUUCGUUUCAAUUGGGGCAUGGAAUGGCGUUAUAAAUUCGCUUUUGUAAAUUAGUGUUCUGGCUUGACCUUCUCCAUCCUGGGGAUGUAUUUUAUGUAGACAAUGAAAUAUUGAAAUCAAGGAAAUCUUAG